AUGUUGCUACCUCUUAAGGGUCCUAUACACGAUCCCACUUGCGUUCAGGAUUGCCUGCGCGGGGGAGAUAAAAACUAUGAAGUUCUUACAGAUUCGAUGUCAACUCUCCUUCCAUUGAAGCAAUACCACCCUCGACAACUAUUAACUGUUCAAAUGCAGAACAAAAUUCACGAUAUAUUAAGUAACAAGAAUAACCUAACCUUAAUUUGGAUCCCAAGCCACAUUGGAAAUGAAGGUAACGAAAGAAUAGAUAAAUUAGCCUCUCAAGUUCACUUGGAUCGUCCACCGAUCAUUCCAAAACCACAUCACGAUAUAAAGAGCGAAGACAAACGACCUCACACAUGA